AUGAAGAGCAUCCUGUGUUCUGCACUACUAGUACAUGUACUGCUGGCAACCGCAGCCACAGCCACAGCCACAGCCACAGCCACAACUGCAAGCAACAAUACAGGCAGCAAUACUACUACGAGCAGUACAACAAGUCCAACAAGUAGUCCAGGCAACUGUGUGGCAGGAGGUUCUGGAUUUGGCUAUGCGUUUGACUGGACUCGUCCCGACACGAUCAGUCUGAAAUGGAGCGACAUUCCCGCGGGUCGUCACACAGUGGAAUACUGGUAUCGCAUCACGGAUCUGCACUUGACUUCGAAUCAUAUAGUGUCGUACAGUGCCUACAACGUGCGUGGCUACUUGGGUCAAGGUGGACAACCGUACGAAGCGGCCAACGAGCUCUUCUUCCUUACGCAACCCGAUUCCAUCAGUUUGUGGAGAGGCAGUGGACGCGUCACUCUCCGCACUAGUCAAAAUCCAAGAGUCGGGACCAUCUACGAAAACGAAUGGCGCCAUUUGGCAUAUGUCUUCAACAGUUACACAAAUCCUCCGCUCGUCCAGUUCUUUCUCGAUGGACAGCAGUUGGACUUUGCGAGCACGCAAAUCACUCUCACUACCAACGGAACUCACACUGACGCUGACUCUGGGUCUGACUCUCAGGAGGUCACUUACGAAAAGGCGCCCUUCUCAAACGAUUGGGAUCUGCCAGAGCACCCCGAUGCCAACGAGUACUACGGAGUCGACCAGCAAAAACAAGUCAAAGUCGUCGAGAAUCCUUGUCUGCUGGCAGAAAAAGCAGAACGAUUCCAGUGGUCGGACGUCGUAUGGGUCCCGCUGCAAUCUACUACUAGUACCAGUAGUACUGCAGAAUGCACAAGGGAGGAACAAGCCCUUCUAGUGGCUGCGGCUGGAGCAUACGCUCUCGUCUUUGAAAAAAACAGCAGUGAACCACUCUUUGUAGAAGAUGAUACAACAGCAUCAAAUGCCGGUUCCUUCCGCUACACCAAGUUCUUUAUUCCGGUCAUUGCCAUUACGACCCCCACGAUCGUGCCCACACACAUGAAUUUCACUCGCACCAAAGAUCCUCUCUCCUACGCUCCCGACUUUUCCGGACUCGUGGAACCCAAUGGCGUACUGGCUCUAGGACAAGAACCUGAUCGACCCUGGGGAGAUUUCGAUCCACAGCAAGCGGCCAAUGGAUGUCUCGAUGAAUUCAGAGUUUGGUCGUCCGCAAGGACCCCUCAGCAAAUCAAAGACAAUUACAAAUUGGCCAUCGACACAAACACCGAUCCCACUGCCAAAGACUUGCAUCUAUACUGGAAUUUCAAUCAACCCACGCAAGGCGCACUCUCCUUGACCACCGAUUCGUCUCCCAAUGGCACACAUCCAGGACUCGUCGGAAAUUUACCUACCAUUGCCAAUGAAAUGACCUUUUCCAAUGGAGACCCCAAAGCGCCACCGACACCUCCGCUACGCAUACCCACACAGGCGUGUCCACUUGUGGGAUACAACCAAGAAGUGGUCGUCGCUGUCAACACACAAGCACCCAAUGCCUUUACCACCUUUGAGCUCAAAUCGUUCGAUCCAGAUGGAGACGAUCUGAUCACGACUCUUCUUUCGAUUCCACCACCAGAACUGGGCACCUUACACUCAACAACGAGCAGUGAACCCCUGGCUGUGGGAGACAUAGUUACGGAUCUCGAACGAACAGAAAAUAAGCGCGUCGUCUUUGUUGUGACUGCCGACAACAACAACAACAACAACAACAACAACAACAAUACUUUUGCACAAGGCAUUACCUUUCAAUAUCAAGUGCAGGACAAGACGUUACAUGUCUCCACCGCAACGGUCAGGCUCGUACCUCACGUUGUAGAAGAACCAAACUCCAAAAAUAUCACCAUUCCAGAAGACAAACUAUCCUACUUCUCCCUGGGUCGACCCAGUCAAAUCACACAAGCACUCAUGCAAGUCGUCAUUACACAACUCCCACAACGUGGAACCCUCUAUCAAGCACAAUUCAAUCCAAAUCUGCGACCCGCCUACACGUCCAUCGCCUUGUCUCUCAAUCAAUACGGGGAAAUGCAAGCCAUCACGGAACCGCAGGCUCUGGUCGAGAACGAACGGGGUAUUGUCAUGUAUUUACCAGAAACCAAUGCAGCGAGUGCCACUCCGGACGAAAUUUUUGACACGUUUGCCUACAAGUUUGUCGACACGGCCAGUGGGCUCGAAAGUGCCACCGAGGCGACACUGGGCAUUUCGGUGCAAGCUGUGAAUGAUGCACCCGCAUCCAUCAAUGCAUCCGCGGUGGUGAUUCCGGGUGAGCAGCAGGAUACGGCGGUCGUGCUGACAUUGACCAGCACCGAUGUGGAUCUGGACGCCGCCGAAAGCUUUGCCACUCGACCGUAUGCUCGUGUCACACACUUCCCACUGUUGGGACAACUCUAUCAAUACAAUGCUUCAUCAUCCGAUGAAGAUGAAGACCACAACAACAACAAAGGUGCCUACCUAGAUCCUUCCGUGACGGCAGUCCCGCAGACGUUUGCAUGGGCAUCUAACGUCCUUCGCUACUCGAGUCAAUACAGUCAAUGCGGAGCAGCCUGUUAUGAGUGGCGCAAUCCAGACUGUACAUCGACCGACCUUCUCUCCGGUGGUUGGGAAACUGGAUCUUGUUCUGCCACUGGAUGGCACGCCAGCGGCAUUCUAGGUCCACCAGAUGUGUAUCCUGUCUAUGUUGAUUCCAAGAACAGUUGGGACUUGAGCGAAGAGAACGAAGGCCACGAAUGGAUUGAACUGGAGUUUCCCUUUCCUGUAUUCAUCAACGCAUUUGAAGUGUACGAGACACAUAAGCCUGGAUCAGUAUGGAGAAUCUCGACUACGGGUGAGUACCUCGACGACCCCGAUGAAACUUGCAUUCGGGAGACAUGCUCCACAAAGACCAAGUGGCAGACGUUAUGGACCAAGCCACAGGAAACCGUCACAUCUGGAUUCGAACGUGCUACAAUUUUCUCCCCUCCACUCUGUCCAAGCACCGUCAAGAGUAACCUGGUCAGGAUGGACAUUGACACAUCUCGAGCUCUUGGUUGGAAUGGGUUCGAUGCAGCCAAAGUGACAGGAUCUCUUGCCGCACCUCCCGGCCUGGUCAACGACCCAUCGAAUCGUCUCGUGUAUGCGCCCUUGACAGGAGUGCAUGGUGUCGAUCAAUUUUCGUUUGCGUCGUCUGAUUGUCUUGGUGAAGGAGAGGACGCAAUAUUUACGGUGACAAUCGAAGCUCCUGCGGGCGUGAACGACAAUGUCUUUUAUCAACAAGAACUCAUUUUUCCACUGGAGCCUGGUCAAGUCGAGUCCAUAGAGCUGGAUCUGUCACAGACGCUUGAGAAUAUUCAAGAAGUGCUGCAGCGAGAGCCGACAAAUUUGACCGCAGCGAUUGCGUUCACGAAUGCGCUCGGCUCCAACGAAGACGCCUUUGUCAACAUUUCAUUGACUGAUCCCAACGUGACACUAGAGCUGGGUGUAGAACGUCGUGGAGCUCCCUUUUCGCACGUUGAUAUUUGGUUUUUGGACAAUGAGCUGGGUCGAAACAUGACCUUCCGUGUCCGCUACUGGAUACUGCCACAGCUGGAAUGUGUUAAUGGCAUUGAAGAUAUUGACCAAGGGAUAUGUAUUUGCACGAGUAGCCAGUGGACAGGCGAGGUAUGCUCUGAAGAAGUCAGCAACGAAGUCAACCUGGGACUGGCGAUCGGCAUGCCGAUAGCUGCGGUGUUGAUCGUGGGAUUGAUCACCUACUUUUAUUGCGAGGGCCGCCGCAAGCAGAAUGACUCUGUGUGGCACGUUAAAAAGGAGGAACUUAAGUUUGGAGAUCCCCCCGAAAUCGUUGGGAGAGGAACGUUUGGUGUGGUUCUUUUGGCAGAAUAUCGUGGGACUCAAGUCGCAGUGAAGCGAGUUAUUCCUCCAAAGUCCAGCGGAAAGAAGGACGAUCGACUGGACAUAACUGAUCAUAACGAUUCCACUCAUCGCUCGGGUUCGAAAUCAAGUGCUGGGCUGCAGUCGGGUUCGUUUGGGCGGUCAUCAGCUGUGGGCGCACUAUCCGGGAUGAACUUGGUGUCGGGGGCGACAUCAAUGGUCGGGAUGGGAUCAAUGUGGAUGACCUCUAUGGUGGGAGGGGGUUCGCAGACAGAACAGAUGGAAAUUAUCCAAAGGAAGAGAAUGAAGUUGGAGUUUAUCGAAGAAAUGAGAUACUUGAGCAAAUUGAGACAUCCCUGUGUAACAACCAUCAUGGGUGCAGUCCUGGGGAAAGAUCCAAUGCUGGUCAUGGAAUACAUGGAUCAUGGCAGUUUGUAUGAUUUAUUACACAAUGAGACUAUGGUCAUAGAAGGGGAUCUUCUUGUCAACGUACUGAGAGAUAUCUCCCAGGGGAUCCGAUUCCUGCAUUCAGCAACGCCUCAAGUAAUCCAUGGUGACUUGAAAGCUGCCAAUAUAUUGGUGGAUACCAAGUUUCGAGCGAAAGUUGCAGAUUUUGGGCUUUCCCAAAAGCAGAAUCUCGGUGGUACCGGAACUCCGUUUUGGAUGGCUCCAGAGCUGCUACGAGGCGAGAGUGCCAACACGGCUGAAAGCGACAUUUACUCGUUCGGAAUGAUUCUUUUCGAGGUGUAUUCAAGACGCGACCCGUACGAAGAUGAGGACGCCCAUGAAGUUCUGCGUUUGGUUGCUGACCGGCAGGUCAUGAAGCGCCCUCCAGUCCCGAGAUACAUGCCCGAAAAGAUGAAGUCCCUCAUGACCGAUUGCCUUGACGACAACCCAGAGCAGCGACCUUCCUCGGAAGAAGUCGACGUUCGCAUCAAACGUAUGGAUGUGAAAAAUGUUGACCCUGGUCAAGCAAACGUCAAGGCUUCGUCGGCUUCGUUGUUUGACGUAUUCCCCCGCCACAUAGCAGAGGCCUUGCGCGAUGGCCGUACUCCUGAUCCUGACCAUCGUGAUUCGGUGACUAUUUUCUUCUCUGAUAUUGUCGGCUUCACCAAUUUGUCAGCAACCCUGGAACCUCGGAAAGUUGCUCAGAUGUUGGACCGAUUGUACACCAAGCUCGACGCUCUGACGCAUAAACAUGAUAUUUUCAAAGUGGAAACCAUUGGUGAUGCUUAUAUGGCGGUGACAAACUUGGUCAAGGAACAGGACGACGACCACGCCAGACGCAUAGCACUUUUUGCCAUCGAUGCGAUUGCUGCAGCUAACGACACCAUCAUCGAUGCUGAUGAUCCUGCAAAGGGUCAUGUCAACAUACGAGUCGGAUUCCACUCUGGGAGCGUGGUGGGUGACGUGGUUGGGACGCGUGCACCUCGGUACUGCCUGUUCGGGGAUACGGUCAACACAGCUUCUCGCAUGGAAAGCAACUCGGAAGUCAAUCGAAUUCACUGUUCACGGGCAGCCGCACAGCUUCUUCACACGCAGUGCCCAGAUUUGCCAUUAACGUCACGUGGGAAGAUUUCAGUCAAGGGGAAAGGUAAAAUGCAUACGUAUUGGGUGAAUGAAGGUGGAUCUACUCGAAGGAAGGGGUCAAGCUUUUUUGACCUGAACGACUCGUUCGGUGUGAUUUCAACGGGCAUGGAUGACAGCGACAUUGAAGCGCCGCCUCCAGAGACGAUUCCGAAGGAAGCAUCUAAUAAGAGGACGACUCAGCUUGCUGGUGCGACGCUUGAGAAUGUUCCCGAGGAACCUGAGGAAUCCAUGGAAUUCUUCUCUGAUGAAUUUGAUGUAGAGGAGUCCUUCGCAGUGGAGGUUCCCGAACCUGAGAUGGCUCCUCCUCCAAUCAUCGCUCCUCCUCUGGUCGUCAAAAGCUCCCUGUCCCUGUUUGAGGAUGAGAUCGAGGUGUAG